CUUGAAUAUAGAGUAGAUCCCCGGCCAUGCCUCGGCCAACUCUCCCUCUUCGUUAUACCAUGCAAUGGAUACGACGCAAAGAAAAGGCGCUCGAUUAACAAAACGACGACCUGCUCCCUCCUUCGACCCCGCGUCUGUCGAGCCAUUCCCGCCAAUAUACAGCGACGACCCGCAGGAACCCCCGUCACCCAUUGAAGUCAUGCCGCCAACCCCUGCCGAUUCCCAAAAGACGGACAAGGAGAAACGCUCCAAGUGGCGCAACCCUUUCCAUUCAAAAGACAAGGGCAAGGAGCGCGAAAGCACAGCGACCACCUCCCAUCCGCCAGUCCACUCCAACUCGACGUUAAACCCAGAUUCUGCUUAUGGAAGCAGUGAACCGAGCAGCUCUUUUUCUGGUACUGCGAACAACGUUUCUCCUCACCCAACCGACAGCGACCAUCGAAUAUCCAGGUCAAGCGAGGAACCUGAUAGGGAGAGACUGCAAGUGCCAGGGCAACCUACCAUAGCGAGUGCGCCCGCAACGCCACCAAUCGUUCAAGAGUCGCACGUGGAGGGUAGCACCAUCGUUACGACCACGACGACAACCACAACAACCACUGUCACGAGAGUGGGCCCCAAUGGACAGACAACCGUGCAGAUUCCGAGGCAGGAAAAUGGUACUGAAGAGGCUCCAAGCAGCGAGACUACAGUGACCACGAGUGCGCCACCCAAUGUUUCGCAACUUCAGCCUCCGAGAAACGAGUCGCAUAGCAGAAGCCCACCUAUUCCUACCCGAAGCUCAAUGCGCGAUCGAGCCGAACUGGAUGGUGCUCUGCCUGGGGCCGCCGUGGGGUCAGCUGCGACCGACGAAGCGCCUGUUGUAACCUCUGUGACGCCAACGACGCCAACCAGGCCGAACUUCUCAUACCCCGGACGGAGCCCUGUCCCCUCGCAGGACAGGUUGAGCAUGCCCCCGCAUAACUUCGCUCCGCAGCAAGGCGCGUCUGUACCUGCCCCGUUGCAGAUCAAUCACCCGCAAGGACAAGCGUCGCAUCAUAGGGGCUCUACGCUCUCGAAUCUCAAGAGCGCAGCCGUAGGGAUCCAUGGCGCCGCCGAAACGCUGCGCGGGACGCUAAACUCGACCGUCGACCGUCGCUUCGGCGCAGACGCGGAAACCAUGGCGAAGAAUGACCGAGUGGUGCAGGCCGGAAGGGCGGAGAUAAACAGUGCGAAUGCUCGACGAAAUCAGGACGGAGGCAGGCUGGACACUAUGAUGAACAGAGCUCAGCGAUUCGGAAACAACAGGUUUGGGCACGGGGCUGUGGGAGAGUGAGAACAUGUCGGUGUGGAGAGACUUCCUUCGAUGGAGUUUAUCGCAUUGGAACUGCUUUGUUUUGUGCGAUGUUGGCGUAACGGUGUCGGAUAAGUUGCCCGAGGGCGUUGACCAGUCAGUGUGGGCGUGCGCGCAGGGUCGGGUGCACGACAUAU